GUGCUCUUCUUUCCCCGACCGGCUGGAAACCUCGCCUUCGCAUCUGGUUCCGGACGAGCGGAAGGAGGGCGGAGCUCUUCGCCCCCAGAGGAAAGGGGCGGCCACCUCGUCGAGCGGCCUCCGCGGUCGGCGACCUAGGGUCGGACUAGGGGGAUCCCGGGAUCUCGCCAAGAGCGGAGAUGGUGCCGAGACGCGAGCGCCGGAAGGGCACGGGGGGCCGCCGUCGCUGUAGCACCGCGGCCGUGCCGGCGGAGCGCAGGGCGCGGACGGCCGCAAGGGGGCGCCGGGCCGCCGGGCCGGGCGCGAUCGGCGUGGCCCGGAGGGCGCGCGGGUCUCGGGCGCCCCGGCCCAGCCUCCCCGGCUCUGGGGGCCCGCCUUCCCCAGGCAGCGGGGAACGGAGGCCCGGGGGCGCGAAGGAGGAACCAGGGUGCACAGAGCUAUCGGGCUGCAAAGGCGCUUCAACGACAUCCAGUAACAGCAGGAGAGGACUGUGACAGCGCCGUGCAAGGUUUCAUUUUGCGGCAACAGCAAUGAACGGCUGGCCCGCGGGCCUGGCCCUGCCGGUACCCUGAUAAACACCACCCGCGAGGCGCCCGCUCCAGCCUCCAUGAGUGAGUGGGGCUUUCAGGGAAAUACAGGUCAUAGUCUGGAUAGCAGUAACUACUACGAAGAUGAUAAAUGAGACGCCGUGGUGGACACUGAGGAGGCGCAAGGCUGCCAAACAAAAUGCGGGACGCCCAGAGAAACGGGACUUUCAGAUAAAGAGUAAUUAUUACUACUUCAGUCACCACAGCUCUCCCUCCCUGGGCCAGCAGGAGGGCCGGCAGGCUUUCCCGAGGAUGAGGGCGCGUGAGCUUCGCCUCCUGGGGAGAUGCGCGCGGGGAAUUCUCACUUCUGUGCUCUUCCUCCUGGGCUGCUGGGGCCUCUCCGAUUUCCAGCAGCGAUUUCUUCAGGCUUUGGAGCCAGAGGAGGUGAUGGCUUACUUUGGCCCUGCCGCUACCUCCGAAGUGCCCCAGUUCGACGUGGCCCCGCUCACCUGUGUCUGUGAAGAAGAGGAUGGGGACAGGCAGGGAGGAGCACCCUGCGGGCCCCCACGCUGCUCCCUGCCAGCCCUGGGACAGCUCUUCUCCUUCUCCUUCCGGCCCCGGAUGGGCCUCCUCGCUGCCUCCUUCACCAGCGAGCGUGUGGUGAACGCCUCCCUCCGGCUGCUCAGGGGGCCCCCCCACCCCUGCUUCACGGGAGGCCGCACCUUGCUGCCCUUGGGCGCAGCAGCCAGGCUCACCUACUGCUCGGGCCGUGUGGAGGGUGACAUCGUGGUGGGUGGAGACAGGCUCUACAUCCAGCCAUUGAAGAGGCAGCACCGGGAGCUGGUGCCACCCUGGGGCGGUGCUCAGCCCCACCUGAUCCACAGGUCCAACCCCACGGUGCACCCGGCCCUUGUGGUUCCAGGCUGCCCUCCGGCCCCUCGCCUCUGGAGACGGGCUGCUCGGAGUGUCCUGUACCUGGAGCUGCUGGUGGCCGUGGGCCCCGACGUCCACGCGGUUCACGGGGAGGACACGGAGCGCUACGUCCUCACCAACCUCAACAUGGGGUCAGAGCUGCUGAGGGACCCAUCCCUGGGGGCUCAGUUCCAAGUGCACCUGGUGAAGAUGGUCAUACUGACGCAGCCGGAGGAUGCUCCGAAUAUCACAGCCAACAUCACCGCAUCACUGCUGAGCGUCUGUGAGUGGAGCAGGACCAUCAACCCCGAGGAUGACACGGAUCCCAGUCAUGCUGACCUGGUCCUCUACAUCACCAGGUUUGACCUGGAAUUGCCUGAUGGUAACCGACAGGUUCGGGGGGUCACCCAGCUGGGGGGCGCCUGCUCCUCUUCCUGGAACUGCCUGAUCACUGAGGAUACUGGCUUCGACCUGGGGGUCACCAUUGCCCAUGAGAUUGGGCACAGUCUUUUUACUAUGAGUGUAAUACCAGCUUGCUGUGAAAAUUCAAAUAGCACAGAGACUCAUAAAGUCAAAAGUGAGUGUCUAACUCCCUUGCCCACCAGCCCCCACUCCCACCCCCAGGCCUUUUGCGUCAAGAAGGCCCAAAUCCUCAUGCAUGAGUUUGACUGGCACAUUUCUGAAGUCUAUAGAUACGUAUUAGGCAGAAGGGGCGAGAGCCGUCUGGCUGGCCCUGCCCAGCCCUCCCACGGGCGGGAAACAGAACUCCCAUCCCCGCCCACCCAAGCCGCCCCUCCAAUCGCCCUCACCUCCCGCGCCCACUCCUCCACCCCGACGCCGCCCGGUGUCCAUUCCGGGCCUGAGACGCGUCCUUGUCGCAGCGCAGGACGGGUGCGCUGCAUGUGGGACCCGCCGGGGCCGCAGUCCGGGCCCGCGGGGCGCCCUCCAGAAGUGCACCCCGGCCUCUACCAUGAUGCGGAUGAGCAGUGCCGCGUCGCCUUUGGCCCUAUGGCGGUCGCGUGCACCUUCACCAGGGAGCACCUUGACAUGUGCCAGGCUCUCUCUUGCCACACAGACCCCCUGGACCAGAGCAGCUGUAGCCGCCUCCUCAUUCCGCUCCUGGAUGGGACAGAGUGUGGUGUGGGGAAGUGGUGCUCCAAGGGUCACUGCCGCUCCCUGGCGGAGCUGGCCCCCAUUGGGGCAGUGCACGGGCACUGGUCUAGCUGGGGUCCUGCCAGUCCCUGCUCCCGCUCCUGUGGCGGAGGGGUGGUCACCAGGAGGCGGCAGUGCGACAACCCCAGGCCUGCCUUUGGGGGGCGUGCGUGCAUAGGUGCGGACCUCCAGGCCGAGAUGUGCAACACUCAGGCCUGCGAGAAGACCCAGCUGGAGUUCAUGUCCGAGCAGUGCUCACAGACCGACGGGAAGCCGCUCUACCUCUCCCCAGGCAGCCCCUCCUUCUACCGCUGGGGCGCCGCCGUGCAGUACAGUCAAGGGGAUGCUCUGUGCAGACACACGUGCCGGGCUGUUGGCGAGAGCUUCAUUGUGAGGCGUGGGGACAGCUUCCUGGAUGGGACCCGCUGUGUGCCGAGCAGCCCUCGGGAGGACGGGACCCUGAGCCUGUGUGUGUCGGGCAGCUGCAGGACUUUUGGCUGUGAUGGCAGGAUGGACUCUGGGCAGGUGCGAGACGUGUGCCAGGUGUGUGGAGGGGACAACAGCACGUGCAGUCCACAGAACGGCUCUUUCACGGCUGGAAGAGCCAGAGAAUACGUCACGUUCCUGACCAUCACCCCCAACCUGACCAGCAUACACAUCAUAAACCAGAGGCCUCUCUUCACACAUCUGGCCGUGAGGCUCCGAGGGCGCUACAUUGUGGCCGGGAAUGGGAGCAUCUCUCCCAGCACCUCCUACCCCUCCCUCCUGGAGGACAGCCGUGUCCAGUACAAAGUGGCCCUGACUGAGGACCGGCUGCCCCGCCUGGAGGAGAUCCACAUCCGGGGACCCACCUGGGACGACAUGGAGAUCCAGGUUUACAGGCGCUAUGGUGCGGAGUAUGGUGCCCUCACCCGCCCAGACGUCACCUUCACCUACUUCCAGCCCGAGCGGCGGCAGGCCUGGGCCUGGGCUGCCGUGCGGGGGGCCUGCUCGGUGAGCUGUGGGGCAGGGCUGCGCUGGGUGACCUACAGCUGUCGGGACCAGGCCAGCGACCAGUGGGUGGAGGCUGCCCGGUGCGGAGGGAGCUCGCAGCCAGCGGCCUGGUCAGAGUCCUGCGCCCCCCAGCCCUGCCCCCCGUACUGGGUGGCUGGAGACUUCGGCCCGUGCAGCGCCUCCUGCGGGGGCGGCCUGCAGGAGCGGGUGGUGCGCUGCUUGGAGGCCCAGGGCGGCCUCCUGAGGACGCUGCCCCACUCCCGGUGCAGAGCGCUGGCCCAGCAGCCAGUGGCUGUGGAAACCUGCAGUUCCCAGCCCUGCCCCACAAGGUGGGAGGUGUCGGACACGUGCUCAUCGGCCUGUGGAGCAGACCUGGCCGGGCAGAAUGCGACUUGUGUGCUGGAGACAGAUGGCGCGGAGGAGUUGGUGACUGCUGGGGCCUGCUCCACAGACGAGAAGCUGGCUACACUUGAACCCUGUGUCCAGGCAGCAUGUCCUCCAGGCGGGGGCCAUCUGGACGCCCAGGCACCGGGGGAGGAGGCUGCAUCUGCAGAGGGCAGGGCCAGGCUGGAGGCCCCUGCCACACACGUGUGGACUCCCCUGGCGGGGCCGUGCUCUGUCUCCUGCGGGCGAGGCCUGAGGGAGCUGCGCUUCCAGUGCACGGACUCUGCCCUCAGGACACCCGUUGGGGAAGAGCUGUGUGGCUUGUCGAGCAAGCCCGGGAGCCGGUGGGAGGUCUGCAGGGCUGCCCCGUGCCCAGCCUGGUGGCGUUACAAACUGGCAGCCUGCAGUGUGAGCUGCGGGGGAGGGGUCGCGCAGAGGGUGCUGUCUUGUGGCCGGGCUCAAGGGUAGGACGAGGACGAGGAGGUCCUGCUGGACACGCAGUGCCAGGGGCUGCCUCGCCCAGAGCCGCAGGAGCCCUGCCCGCCCAGAUCGGCAGCGCCGAGGUGGAAAGUCAUGUCCCUUGGCCCGUGUUCAGCCAGCUGUGGUCUCGGCACUGCCACACGCUCGGUGGCCUGCGUGCAGCUGGAGCAAGGCCAGGACACGGCGGUGGAUGUGCGGGCCUGUGCGGGUCUGGUGCGGCCGCAGACCCGCAUUCCCUGCAUGACUGCCACCUGCACCUACCGCUGGCACGUCAGCGCCUGGCUGCAGUGCUCUGUCUCGUGUGGGGAAGGCAUUCAGCGCCGGCAUGAUGCCUGCCUUGGACCCCGGGCCCAGGUGCCCGUGCCAGCCGACUUCUGCCAGCAUCUGCCCAAGCCAGUGACGGUGCGGGGCUGCUGGGCCGGGCCCUGUGCAGGGCAGGGGUCGCCCAGCCCGGCGCCCCACGAGGAAGCCACUGCCCCAGGCCAGACCACCGCUGCCACUACUGGUGCUUCCCUGGAGCGGCCCCACCCCUGGGCCCACCUCCUCUCCCCCGCUCCCUGGCCUCAAGGACUCCUGACUGGGACCCCAGAAAGCCCAGCGCAGUCCAGUGCCUGUGGCCGGCAGCACCUUGAGCCAACAGGAACCAUUGACAUGCGAGGCCCAGCGCAGGCUGACUGUGCAGUGGCCAUCGGACGGCCCCUGGAUGAGGUGGUGACCCUCCAAGUCCUUGAGAGCUCCCUCAACUGCAGCGCUGGGGAGAUGCUGCUGCUCUGGGGCAGGCUCACGUGGAGGAAGAUGUGCAGGAGGCUGUCCGGCAUGACUUUCAGCUCCAAAGCCAACACACUGGUGGUGAGGCAGCGUCUUGUGCGGCCGGGAGGCGGAGUGCUGCUGCGCUAUUCGAGCCAGCCUGCCCUGGGAACCUUCCACCGCGAAUGUGACAUGCAGCUUUUUGGACCCCGGGGUGAAAUCGUGAGCCCAUCUUUGAGUCCAGGUGGAAGGAAUGUGGGGGGCUGUCGCAUCUUCAUCAACGUGGCUCCACGGGCCCGGAUUGCCAUCCAUGCCCUGGCCACAGACAUGGGCACUGGAACUGGAAACUGGGGAACCGAUGCCAGCUACGUCUUGAUCCGGGACGUCCACAGCCUGAGGACAACGACAUUUCGUGGGCAGCAGACACUCUACUGGGAGUCAGAGGGCAGCCAGGCAGAGAUGGAGUUUAGCCAGGGCUUCCUUGAGGCCCACACCAGCCUUCGGGGCCAUUACUGGACCCUCCAGACUAGAGCUCCUUACCGCGGCAGUGCCCUGCCUUAGCUUCCUCUCCAAGCACAUCCUUCAGCUGACCAUUGGGCACGGUGGGUGACUUCUCCCAGUCCUGGAAGGGGAAGGAAGGAACCUGUCAUGUGUGAGCGCCUGUUAAAUGCCUGGCUGGCGCUGGAGGACUGACUGGUGUCUGAGUACUCUCCAAUCCCAAUUCCCUCCGACCUUAAGUAUCUCCUUUAGGGCCUCCUCCAACGUGAAAUGUGGAGGGGGGACUCUUCGGAAAGGCCGUCCAGCCCCUCGAGUACCAAUAAACGGAACGCGCGGUCUGAGUGGCGUUUUCUUCACA